UCUUUUCUGUGUUCUCCUCCUCCUCCUCUUUUUCUACUACUUUUCUGAGCUCCGUUGCACCUGGUUUGUGCUUCGUGGUAAGGCGUGGGGGCCCUGUGGUUUCCGGUUGCUGUUGUGCACUCCUUGUCUCAACGCCGGGGCUGAUUGCACAAUCUCGCAUCAUAUUUUCGGAGGCUGGCGUACCCACCCACCUACUCACCUCUCUCUCUGCUGAGAUUCCCUGGAAGGGGCACAGAAUGGAGCGCCCUCAAACUCAAUAGGACCCGGGAGCCUACGCGCACUCCAAGAAGCUGAAGAUAUUUUGUGCCACUCCCAGCUUUGGGAUUUCUUUACCUGCAAGAAAUUUAUCCAAGCAAGCCGGCCAUCCCAUAAGAGAUCCCUGCAAAGCGAUAUGGAGUCUUGGCAAGAAAGCUGGAGGGAUAACCCGGUGCAAAUGGUCCCUGUUGGAGGAGAGAUCGAAGGAAUGGACUUUUUGGAAGAGUACAGGAAGAUUUUCCAAGACGACUUUGGUGACAUAGGUUCCUGGUUUCUACCAGAAAAUGAGAUGGAGCAGCAGCUGCCAAGCUGGACUGGUGGAAGUUACCUCGCUGAACUGGAAGGCUUUGAGAAGACAGUGCCAAUCCAUGAAUCCCUUGGCUUAAAAGGUUUUCCUGAGUACACCAAGACCAUUGUGGAAUUGAAACAGGUCUCUUCUGAUCCAGACUACAGAGAACCGUAUCAUGGUGCUUCAAGAAUGGUGCUCCAACAAGACCUCCACAGCCUCGAGGGCUCCAGCUGCCUCCCGGCUGCUCCUCAGCCUUGCUUUGUUCUGUAUCCUGAUUCUCCUGAAGAACAGGUGUCUUCUGCUCAGCUGCCUCCUGGAGAUCAGCAAGAACAGCAGAAGGAAGAACAUUGGGUUGAGUCCCUUGGCCCCGAUUCAGGCAGCCAAUCCAGUGCUUUGGACAGCGAUUCUUGCCAAUGCGAUUCACCAAUCAGGAGCCAGAAAAAACGGGAACGCAGAGACCAAGCUGACAGCAAGAACACCAAUGCUUCACCUAGAGAUCGGGCAGGGGCCGGACCUAUUCAAUUAUGGCGUUUUCUGCUGGAGCUCCUGCAAGAUGGCUCCUGCCAAGCCCUCAUCCGCUGGACAGGGAACGACUGGGAAUUCAAGCUCUGUGACCCACAUGAGGUGGCCAGGCGCUGGGGCAAGCGUAAGAACAAGCCGCGCAUGACGUACGAGAAACUGAGUCGGGGGCUGCGCUACUAUUACCACAAGAACAUCAUUCAUAAGACCAGCGGGCAGCGUUACGUCUACCGCUUCGUCUGCGACAUCCAGGGCCUGCUGGCCGAAUUGGAUAAGAAGCUGCAGAUUUAGCACGCAACCGUCUUAAAAAAAAAAAGAGAACCUUUUCUUCAUUCCUUAACGCAUCAAAACCUCGGAAGAGAAAGCAGGACCGGCUCCCUCGGCGAAGACUCUUUGUCUCCGUUUAAGCUACGUCUAAAACAAGAAGGGUGUGAGAAAUGCUAGUGGUGGGCUGCAGGGUUAGGGGGAGAUGCUCUUUGGAUGGGUCACGGCAAAAAAAACCUACAACCCCACACCAAAACAGUGGGGUUUCUUUUUUCUGGGGGUGGGGAAUUUAUUGCUUUUGUGGGGUGGGAUAGGUAAAAAUAUUCCCCUCCUCCACAAAAAAUAAAAUAAAAAUAGAAUUGGGGUCUUGAUCCUAGCUUUAGAGAAGGCAGGAAGGCAGCCAAUCCCCACCGGCUAAAAGUAUAGAAUAUUAGCAGAAGUUUGGCAAACGAAAGCAUGGCUCUUACUUCUCUUGCUUCAAGGAGUAAAAACCGGCAGGAUUUGAUCAGCAUGAAAUAUCUCGAUUUUCACAGACAUUUUGGAGGAGGAAUACCAUUCUUGAGGCUCCCUCCCUCCCUCCCUCCCAACACACACACACCAUCACCCUCCUUCUCCUUUAGCCAUUAUUAAACCGUUUAACAACAGGGCUCCGCCUAGCAUAUAAGGGAAAAGAGCUUUUCCAUGGCUCAAUUCUUUUGAACUCCUUUUGGUGGGUGGGUGGGAGGCAUGGCCCCUUCCCAAUUGCUUUUAAGCAGACCUUGAGUACCUGUUUCCCUCUGUCCCUUCCUAAGGAAGACAGGUGAGUUGGCUUUUUUUAAACAGCCGCUGCCAUUUUUUUAAGAGGUCAAAAUUAUACCCGUCUCAAGCCAGCAAUCUUUGUACAUAGCGGUUAGAAAAACGCAGAUUUUCUUUUUGUUAUAUGGAUUGUAAACUACGUCAGUUCUGAAAGUGGGCAAUGAAACCUGAAAU